UCUCUAACCAAUAGAUGGCAGCAGAAGGACACUUAGAUACCAGCUGCCUAAAUAAACAGAAAGGGGGUUAAAAAAAAGAGGAGAAAAACUUGUACAAGAUGGCGUCUGACUGGAGGGAGAGGGAGCCCCUCUCUGCAUCCCCGGGCUGGUGAGAGAGGGGAGCAGGCAGCCUGGCAGGAGGAGGAGGAGGGGGUCCUGAUCACUACAUGGCGCUGUCUCUGCUCUGGGGACUGCACUGGGCUGGAUGCAUCCUGCUGCUGCUGCUGCUGGUGGCUGCUGGAGGAGAAGGCACCUGGCUAGACCUUGGCUGCCGUCCUGGCCCCACAGAUACAACUCUCCUGCCAGGUCAGGAAGCCAUCUUGCAUUGUGACCUUGAUGACACAGAGGUGUCCGGUAAUGUCACCUGGUGGAAGGAUGGAGAGCAACUAACCACAGAAGACUUCAAUGUGCUUCUUGAUGGAUCGCUUGUAAUAUCGCAGGGAAAAAGAGCAAGCAUCGAGGGUAGCUACUUCUGCACCAUCAGAAACUCCUUUGGAGUUUUGCAGGGCAGAACAGGCACAGUCAGAUUGGCAGGGCUGUCUCCUUUUCACCUGCACCCUGAACCUCAGGUCGUAUUGGAAAAUGGCUUGGCAAUUUUUGAGUGUGGCAUCAAUGGGUCUCCGACACCACAGAUCACUUGGCAAAAAGACCAGGUUCCUCUACCUUCUAGCAACAGGAUCAUCAUCCUUCCUUCUGGUAUCCUGCAGAUCAUUGGGGUGCAGCAGGAAGAUGAGGGGUUAUACCGCUGUGUGGCUGCCAACACGCUGAGUAUUAGAUAUAGCAACGAAGCUCUGCUGUCUGUGAGAAAAGACUGGAAACCAUUACCUGAUAAGCUUACUAUGGUUAGAGCACCGCAGAAUCUGACUGUGGCCAUGGGUCAGAGUGCAGUAAUGGAGUGUAUAGCCGAAGGGAAUGUGACACCGGUCGUCUCCUGGUCUCGUCAAGAUGGAAAACCAAUCUCCUUUGACAUCAUCCUGUUGGGAGAGUCCAGUCUUCUGAUUCAGCAGGUUCAGGCCCAUCAUGCUGGAGGUUAUGUGUGCAGAGCUAAGAAACCACAAAGUCAGCACUCUAUCACCGUUUCAGCCCAUCUCCACGUCCUUGUGCCUCCAGUUAUUACUCAGCCACCAGAGACGAUCACGCGGGCACGAGCAGGGACUGCCCGCUUCGUUUGUAGAGCCGAAGGUGACCCAGAACCCACCAUCUCCUGGUUAAAAAAUGGACAUGUGCUUCUUCCCUCCAAUGGCAGAGUCAGGAUACAGCCCAUGGGCAGUCUGAUCAUCACGCAGGUUGCUCUCGAGGAUGCUGGCUAUUACCAAUGUGUGGCAGAGAAUAUUUUGGGAAGCAUCUGUGCUAUUGCAAAGCUCCAUGUUACAGUCCAAGAAGGUCUUCCUGGACCACCACAAGCCUUGAAAUCCCAGGCCACAACCAGCAAGACUAUAACUGUUGCAUGGGAGAGACCAGAGAGCAACUGGGAAAGAGUUGUGGCUUUCUCUCUUCAUUAUGCCAAGACGGGUGGUUCUAAUAAUGAAGAAUAUCAGUUUGCAGUUAAUAACAACACCACAGAGUUCACAGUGCGGUACCUGGAACCUGGCACCAGUUACACCUUCUACAUUGUCGCAUAUUCCCAGCAAGGAGCCAGUCGAGCUUCAGAGCCUCUUGUGGUGCAGACAUUGGAUGACGUUCCAGGAGCUGCUCCCAUGCUGGCGCUGAGUAGCGAUUCUCCAGAGGAUCUGCAUGUGAAGUGGCUUCCCCUUCUGCUUGAGAUGCGAAAUGGCCAGAUCACAAAAUAUCGCAUUGAAUACUGCACCCAGAGAGAUGGUGUGGUCAGCAUGCUGGAAGUUGGUGGAAAUGAGACCCAGGUGACACUUUCUUCAUUGCAGCCCAAUACUGUAUAUAAAGUCCGGAUCGCAGCUGCCACCUCAGCCGGACAUGGAGUUCCUUCAAACUGGGUUUUACACCGCACACUGGACAGAGUCAAUGAGACACAAGUGGACAAGGCACCCAUACAGUUGCAAGUCCUUACCCACACAGACUCGCUUCUUAUAAGCUGGCAGUUGCCUCACUCGGAUUUCCAAGUAACUGGUUAUAGGCUGUAUUACCGCAUGGUGUGCCCUAUAUUGAAUCAUAACAUUUCCUGCCUACGGCAAGGACAGAAUGACUGGGACGUGGGGCCGAUAAAACUAAAGAAGAAAAGGAAACAAUAUGACAUAACUCAUCUGACACCUGGACAGCUAUACCAAGUCAAAUUGGUGGCAUAUAAUAAGAAGCAGGAAGGUCAGACAGUCAUGUGGGAGGGAAGAACCAGACAGAUCCCGGCAACACCACCAGAUAUCAUAGACCAAAAGAUUCCACCCUUGCCACCCAGCCACGUUCAAGUGACCCCAAACAGCUCUACAUCAAUGUUAGUGAGAUGGAGAAAGCCAAUAAUAAGCAGCAAAAUUGUGAAAUACACAGUACGAUGUGGACCUUGGGGAGCGAAGAAUGCGUCAAUGUUCACCUAUCAUAACAGUGUUUCAGAAGAGAUUCUCAUAAGUGGCUUGAAACCAUACACCAGGUAUGAGUUUGCAGUUCAGUCGAGUGGAGCCGGAGUUGAUGGGCCCUAUAGUAACAUUCUGGAAAAGAUGACCCUUCCAGAUAGACCGUCCUCCGCUCCCACGGACCUGCUGCUGCAGCCACUGUCACAGUUUUCUGUUCAGGUGCACUGGCGCCCCCCAGCGGAAUCAAAUGGAAUAAUAGUGCAGUAUCUGAUACGGUACAGCGCCAAUAAGAGCCAACCUGAUGACACGUGGACUGUUUUAACCAAGGAAGGGAACACAUUCAGUGCAGAAGUGGAUGGUUUGCUAAGUGGGACCAAAUAUUACUUCAAGAUGGGGGCCAAGACAGUGUCAGGUUGGGGGCCAUAUUCAAGUGUAGUAGAAGUUGAAACCCUGCCUCCAAGACCUCCAGUUUUUUCAGAUGUCCUGGAUAUGAAUUCUGUUACUGGUAUCAUUGUUGGGGUCUGUCUGUGCCUCCUGUGCCUCCUACUAUGUAUGUGUGCCAGCUUCCAACAGGGCAAGCAAAGGGAUGCGGGAUCUGAUUUGGGGUCCAGAUCUACCAGGGGUCCCUCAUCCUAUCAAAGGGCAAGACAGGGUUCCUGUUCCCAGACUCACUGCCAAGACUCCCAUGAGUUGGAGACUUUGAUGCCUCCUGCACAAGAAGAUACCCCUUCUCUUCCAGUCCCAGAUGCAUUAGGAAGCCAUACUCUUGUAUUAAAUCAACCAACCGAAGACAAGCAUCAAGUGAAGGUGAAGCCUUCCUGGAAUGGCUCAGUCACUCAAAACUGGGCAAAUCACAUCACCAGCUAUACCGAUACCAUCACAGGUGACCUCAACUGUGCUGCCAAUGGCUCGGCAAAUCAUAUGACCACUGGAGGUCUAAGGAUGGUUUUGCAUGACAUUUCCUUUGAACCACAUAAGGUGGAUGUUGGAAGGAAUCACAGGAAUCCAUCCCAGAAUCAAGUGGAGGCGGAUGUCAUUGUGCACUCGGAUUUCUCUGCUUCAGAGCGCAGUGGUCAUUGUGCUGGAUUGGACUCGGAGGAAGAGGAAGAACUUAGUUUAGAUCCAGACAAAGACCAAGUAGAGACUUGUUUGACACCAGUCUCUAACCUUCAAACUCAGCAAGUGGUAACUGUGGUAACUGAAAAUGGAAACCAAGACUGGAGCAAUCCUCCUUUGAUGGCCAUAAGUACAGAACAAAGUUUAAAUUCAAUGGCGACAAAGAGCCAGCACCUUGCCAAUGGCAUCCAGUGUGCCAGGAGUGUGGACAUUCAGGAAAAUCAGGCUGUCAUAGGCUUGCCUUUCACUGUAGACAGUGGCGAUCUAUCUACAAACAAUGUGUAUUUAACUUCUAAGGUACAGCAAGAACUGCCUCUAAGCAAUACACCAGACUCACUACAACCACUAAACCCUGAGGAGAUUGUACACUGAAUUAUGAUACUGCGUUUACAGUAGAUUGAACCACAAAGGAUUUACUGAUUUAGGUGCAUCUAUUUCAGAAUAGAACUAAUGUCGUGGGCAAACCUUGCGAAUAUUCAGCCAUGUUGUGCAACUAUAACCUGUUCUGACCUAGAUAAGUUGUCUGACAGUCUUGUUACAGUACACAUGCACUUCAUAAGAGGGGGAAUGGUUUUAGGUUGCAGUGUAUUGGAUCCUGUGGGCUUUAGCUACUUCUGAGCGGUCCAUGGCCAUGUGUCAUCUACGGAAAUGAAACUAGAGCCUGCAACAUACAACUGUUGUUAAGCUUCCUACAAGACCAAAUUCCUAUGAAGCUAAAAGAAAAGGCUAUUACAUAAGAAUCUGUAUGCUGUUGUUUUUAUGAUGGAUUGGGGGUCAGGCUGAAAUCACCAAAUAAGUUGCCUUCUUAUACUUGCAGUGCAAAAACAAUGAAACAAUAAUUGUUGUGCUCCUUCUGCACUUUCCUAGUGCUUUCUGAAAAUGAUACAUGCCAACCUUAGAUGGAGCCACCCAAGGUGUAGCUAUAGGGGUGCGGGGUAGAAGUCACAUCUGGGCUUUCAUGCCUAAAGGGGCUUAUAAUCCCCUCUGCCACACAGUAUUAUUAAGGGCACACCAUAGUUGGGGGGCUCUGUGAAAAUGUUUGCAUUGUGCCCUGAAGCUUAAAGUUAUGUGUCUGCCCACCACUAUAAAGAGUUGUCCCUCCCUGGUCUCCCUGUUCUACAUAUCUUGUAUUUCUGUUCUGAUGUACUGGAUUACAUUCAAUGUCUGUGUUCUAUCAUUUCCAGACAGCCUUAUGUCCAUUCACUGCCCAAGGCUUGUUCACAUUCCUGAUGCCAUCUUUUGUGGACUGUUACAGUAAAUCACCAGUUUCAGCAUAAUUCCCUUAUUGUUUCAGUACCAUACAGCAAAUUUAUGAUCAUGCACCAGGAUGUAUUCCUCUAGCCCUCACAUUGGUCACAGGCUGGCGCUGCAGCUCAGUACCCCCAUACAUUAUUGCAUGAGAAUUUGAGGACUUAUGGACGGUGCUACACAAUACCCUUCUGUGACAAUGGUUCCUCUCGUAUGCACUCUGUGAGUGCCCCACCAACACCUCCAGGACUCUUUUCUAACUUGUAGGUCAUUAGCACUCACUUGUAUUUUUUUACCUGACAUAUGUAUAUGCCAUAACAGCCCCUUAUCUGUUAAUUCUCAGUACAAGUGUCAACUGUUUCUUUUUGUUCAGCCUUCGGACUGCAGUUGUAAACAUCCAUUGCUAGGUCCAUCUGAAUGUCAAGAGUGAUGCAGUCAGACUUGGCAAAACAUUUCUACAACAGGAGAAUGGCCACCAGCAUGUCAUAUACUGUGGCCUAAAUCCACCAAAGGUCAACAAAUAAAUACAUGUUGAAGUCAUUAACAGUGUUUAACAAUCAUUUUUAUUUUUCAUCCUGAAUAUUGUUUAUAGUCUUUAAGAUACAAUACAGGGAA